AUGCAGUUUUACUUAGCUACUCCUACCACUCCUUUCGUUGAUAACUUGACAAUACCCUCUGGUAGCGGGGCUUAUAGCAAAUCCAACGGCAACAAUAGCAGCAGCUUCGGUCAUAGUUACAACGGAAAAGAAGAGCUCACUGAUGACCUUCUGACUGCAGAUUUCGUCGACCCACCAAUCGACGACGCAAUAUUGUACUCGAUGCUAUCUCCUUUCAUGAAUGCUACUACCGAACAACCACAAGAAUUCCAGAAUGAACAGCAGCAUCAGAACCUUUCCGGUUGCUACCAGGAGCUGCUGGUUCAAACAGAGGAACAACAACAACUGGAUUUGUUGCCUAAUAUGCACCCCGAGAAUAUUUUCAAUUCUGAGUCUUCUAUGUUCGUGUACUCCAGUAUCCCGCAAAGAAAUUCUGUUCACUCGCUGAUCAGUGUCAACACCUCUUCUCUUGCCCCCGAUUCUGCUGAGGGGGGAGGCUUAUCGUUUGUGGACACCAUAGGCCCAUCAUUUGACCAUUCUGUUGAAACCUCACUCUCUUACGGAAUGAACUCUACGGACUCAACUCUACCGUCCUCAGCACGCUCCUCGGUAGGACUUGACCUACUACCCACCGUGGCAGCUCCUGCGUCAUCCGUUUCCUCAUUGGAAACGGUCAUCAACUCCAAGAGACAAAAGCUGCAAUUCAGACAGCACAACAGGAUUGAAGAACUCAAUUCUCCACACGGUAUCAAAGCACAGGCACCGGUGUUGCUUAACUACUCAAGUCUUCCGCUGGUUCGUGGACUUAGCUCUGGUGGGAACAACAGCAGACCUCCCAAAGAGCCAUUAAUUCCUGGAGCACAGUACAUUACUGCCCUUCUGAGACUAGAGAACAGCUCCUGCGAGGACUUAUGUCUACCAGAAUGGAACGAGGACGAACUGAAGGACUGCAGAAGGAUCAUUCGCAUAGAGAGAAAACGCCACUCCAACGAGAUAGUGGCCGACUCUGACGUGCAAGUGUUGGAAGUCUCAUGUUUACAAUGCCUCGUCAACCAUAACGAAACUGACGAGGGGAAACAAGGAAGCUCCCCAAACGAAAUACAGCAUAGCUCUGCAGAGCCACCGAAAUCGAACCUCAACAGGACAUUGAGUAGUAGUAGCCACAGAGCAGCUGGGAGCUCCGUGGGAUACCAGUACUACAUCACCAGUGUGGAAGUCAUCAAGAUUAUAGAACUGCUAGUCGGAAGCCAUUUAAUCGAAGACUCGCAGCAAAAGAGAAAAGAAAGAGGCCGCGUGAGAUCAAACUUGGUGCCCUUCUGGUCAAAACAUCCCGUGUCCUCGUCUAAGAAGACCUUGAGGCCCCGUUCUGGACCAGCUUGCAACGAUGACUACCUUGCAGAGUUGGCCCAUCGUAUCAUGACAUACGAGAUACGCAGGCCGCGAAUAUUCGACAAGAACGUACGAAUUCUGGAAUGGGCCAAGCUUGCCCCGGCUUUGCAGCGGGCUCUUCAAAGCUACUAUGUGGCGGUGCCCCUAGAUGAAUCCGAGAAUAAACUUGUAUAA